AUGGUUUCCAGCGCAACCUCCCGGACUUCCCUCUGUACAGUGCCAUUUCUGGGAUUGCUUCUCGUGCUGGCCGCCGCCGCCGCGUUUCCAUACACCCUGGAACCUCUUGUGGAGUUUCUGCGCGGGGGCCCACUCAUCCAAUGUCUGGGCACCGUGAAUGACCACCAGUCUGAGUUCCCCUGCCAGAGACCCGUUGGACAUGCUGUUCUGGAGCAGACAUGGUGGUUGCCACGAGCUUCGGUGACUGUCGAUGGCUGGAUUGCGGAUUACGGGCCACUGCUGCCUUACCUCCUCCUGGUGACACAGCUCUACACAGAAACCGUGGAACAGGCGGCUGAAGAGUUCGGUCAGUGGUGUCCUUGUCCCUGCUGGUGUGUUGCGCUCGCCUGGUGGAUUCUCAUGACUCUGGUGCGCCUCGUCAUAUUCUGUCUUGUACGUCCAUACAACGAGUUCUUCUCUGAUCACAUCUUUCUUCUAAACUGCAUGCUAGCUCAGAUUCAGAUGUCCCUUGCCAUGACAUCCUGUAGAAGAGACUGGAGCUCAGAAGCAGAAUGGUGGUUUUACUUGGAAGUGCUUGUGGCAGCACCGCUCGUGAUUCUUAUCUUCUUCGAGGCAUUCAUGACCAGCUGGCUUUACCACACACUCUUUGCCAGCUGUAUGGCCUUGCUUGCGUCAUCCGCCACUUUUCAGGCGACGGCAUUCAUCUGGAUGCGGCUGCUCCGAAGCACCGCCGGCCAGGAGACUGACCAUAGCAAGAAGCUGAUUGAGGAGGUGUCUAGUGUUUAG